CUAUAUAAAGCGAAGUCUUUCCUUCUUCCCUCCCUUUUAUGUUGAACACUCGCUCUUGACGUACGUUGUUCGUGCAUAUCUCUUAAAUAUUUAAAAAUGGGUCAUACAACUCUUUGGUUUUCUCAUCCCAGACGAUUUGGACCAGGAUCACGACAAUGUCGAGUCUGUGCCAACACUCACGGUGUCAUAAGGAAAUACAGUCUCUUCAUGUGCCGGAGAUGUUUCCGAGAAUAUUCCAAUGACAUUGGAUUUAAGAAGGUACGAGAAUUUAUGUCGCUAAAUUUGAUAUUCCGAAGAUAUCAGUUCGAAACAUUACUUGACGAUUUGAUCAAUUUUGAGCACAGAAAAUUCAAAUUUCAACAGGUCACUACUGUUAGACAAUUGAAGUCCAAUAGAGGGAAGUAUGGACCAGAAUUAAUACAGUUUGUGCUGAACGGGUAAGGAAUGUGGGUAAAA